AGCGUUGGCUGGAGUCAGGUCUGGGCUGUGGUUCAGUGCAGCAGCGCUCCCGGCCUGCGCCGGGCGGCCCGUUCGCUUCCUGGGCUCCCCUGGCUCGCGCACGCCCUGAUAAUUCCUUUUUUAUUAUUAUUUUUUUUUAUUUAAAGCAGUGAAUAUUUGUGGUUCCCUCCCCUCUGUGCCUGUGCAGAGACCUCCUACUCCUCCUCCCUGGUUGUUAUCCCAAGUACCGUUUCCCCUGGCGCUCGCCUUCUCCAAUGUGCAGCUGUUAUGAGGGGGAAGUCUUCAUUUCAGUUCUGCACGUGUAAACCCAAGCUUUAGCACUUUGGAAAGUAUUUGGCUAUCACCCUUCUGCUGCUGCCUUCUGAGUAACUGCGUAUUAAGCUUUGUGAUGGAGUGUGUUAGGAUUCCUCACGGAUACACUAGUUGAUGAAGUGCAUGUAUGUUUAUGUAUCUAUUUGCAUACAUAGUAGAAGUUGCUUUAAACAUAACUUUGUGUAGUAGUGGUCCGUUAAGCUGAUUUAAAAGAUUUUUUCCCUUUCAGAUCAUAUACAGUUACUCAGUUGGGGAAGCCAUAUGCUGUUGGUUGGUGUGAGGAAAAAGCAGCCUGACUUUUUAUCUCUGCGUGUCACAGAUGCCAGCUACGGUGAGGUCCACGUCUCUUUCAGUGAAGUUCAGCACCACGUUUCACGGCUGCGUGAACUCGGCUCUUUCUGUCAGUCACAUGUUUUUUCUUGAGUUGUUUAGGUCUAUUAAAGCAAUAGUUGAUUAAAAAGUCUUGAAACCCUCCUCCUGGCACAUUAUUUUUGGAUUUGUUCUUAUUUCUCACUUUACAAUGGUUUAUUGCUCAGCCCUGAACUGUCAAAAUGCUACCAGUGGGGUGUAUAAAAACAGUACGGUUACUUUCUAUGGUUUUCCUUUGCAAAAUAAACCUCUCUUGAAGCAGUGGAUUCAUAACAUGGGUCGUGACAUGGGAACACCUUCUAAACAUCAGCGACUCUGUUCUAAGCAUUUUGAGGACACUUCUUUUGAAAUUGACCCCUUAAAAAUUAGAAAAAACAGACGCCUCCUGAAAGAAGCUGUUCCCAAAAAAUUCAUUCUGGGUGAAGACGGAAACUGGCUUGUUGGAACGCCUCGAAGUUUCUGUGGUGGAAUAAGUAAUAAAACUCGAAAACGAAUCCGGAAUCCCGAACACUUGAAGGUCCCUGGGACAUUUGAUACUGUUGCAGCACAUGAGGGGAAGAACUUAGAAGACUGGCCAACAGAACUUUACAAGAAAGUGAUAAAGGAGAAUUAUGAAUCUUUAACCUCAUUGGGUAAAGACCAUCCGCUUCCCCGAAAUGAUACCCAGUCACGAGAAGCACUGCAUGUCGAGGAUCAGCAAGAUAUUGAGGAAAGAUACAUUUCUGCAAGUCUUAGCACAGGUUCUGGUGAGACUGUGAUCAAAUCUGAGAUGCAGAGUCAUGCACAGAGUUCAGAGAAUACAGAGCUGCAUGGAUCAUUUUCAGGAGGAUCGCAAGACCUGACUUGCCAAAUUUCUGACAAGGAGGUAACUUUUGAGAGUUGUCAGAAUUCAGAAGCAGAUCAGGCAAUGGGAAGGAGAACAGGUAACGGCUCUCUUGGUGACGGAGAAUCUAACAAAUUCAGAGAGAUCCUUUUUUACCAGGAAACCCACACAGGAGAAAGAAUUUAUCUGUGUACAGAAUGUAAGAAAACUUUUAAACUGAAAAUAGGACUUCUAAAACAUAAGCAAAUUCACACCAAAAAGAGUCAGAUACCAUCAUACAUAUGUACAGACUGUGGUAAAAGCUUUGGUCGCCAUGCAGAUCUGAUUAGACACCAAAGAACUCACACAGGAGAGAGGCCUUAUAAAUGUACCGAAUGUGAAAAAAGUUUUACAGAAAAACCAAGACUUACGAAUCACUUGCGAACGCAUAACAUACACAUGUAAUCUGUGUGCCAGAAGUGUUCUUGGGAUAGAUUUUCCAUUCAUUUAUGAAAAACUCAACCCGGUGAUGAUGGCUUAUAGUCCUAUAUAGAUUAUAGGGGAAGCUUUAAGAUGAGAGCAGUUUUAUUAAAGUGAAUGAAAUUCAAGCAUGAAAUGCAUCUGGUUGGUGCCAGCCUAAUAAGCAUUGAUUAGUAGCAGAUUUUAAUUAAUGGCCAGAUGAUUCAUAUCUGGGAGGGGGUGGUGUAUAGAGCUGUGACUGUACCAAAGGCAUGUUUAAAAAAAAAAAAAAAUCUGAAGCACCAAACAGCUUAUGCUGGAGAAUGCCUGUAUUAACGCAGAAAAAUGCUGGAAGCUUUUCAGAUACAAGACGACUGUGAAAGAUCAGCACAAAAUAUUUAGAUUAGAAGAGGAUCGUCCACAGAGUUAUAAGCAGGAAAUGGAGCUUCUAAGAGCUUAGAUUAAGGUGUAAGAAUAGCAAAAAAUGUUAGUUCCGCAGUUGCCGUCGUUGGACGGUAGUGGUGGCACUGAAAGCACAACUGCAUGGAAAUCAGAAUCAGACAGGUGCUUCCAACAUCUCACAGUGGGUGAGAUGCCAGUUUCAGAACUGAGAUUCUGGAGAAGAGUAAGGGCAUAUUCUUAAUGUAUGUGCAAAGUAUAUGUAAAAUGACUGUUCUCUGUAAACUAAAGAAACAAGCAAUAGCUUCAUAUGCAGAGGCAAGAUUAACGGACAGAAGGAAGGGAGUCCUGUGAGGACAGUGUUGAUAGAACCUGUAUCUUCUCUCUGCAGGAUGGAGAACAUCUUCAGUAUUUUUGCUUAUUCCAAUUGAGUGCAAAGAUUGAAAAACUAGUGUAACUUCCCAGUUCAAAGCACCUGUUUUGCAGUGAGCCCUUGAAUUAAGUUGAUGUUCUCAGCUUCCCAUGAGAAAUAGUAGGCGCAAGAAACAACUGGUACCGUAAUGGAUUUUGGUUAAUUCUGAAGGUAACUAUGUAACAUGGUUGUCCACACUAGGAUGGGACUGAACUUGGCCGCAAGGGAUCCCUGCCAGUCCUAAAUAUGGCUAUAGCUUACAGAAAACUAUUUCCUCACUGGCUUCUCAUUAUUUUCUUCUCACAAAUUACAUUGGGGACAGCUUUUCUUUCAUUGUUCUCCCGCAUAAUUGAAUGUCUCAGUAACCCCAAGCAGAACCUCAGUGAAAGGCCUCAUGUUGGAAACUCUGCCUCCUUCUGCGCUGCUGUUCUGCAAGUGCAGAGCUAAGGAGCGGCCAUCCAGGGAAAGACUAGGCAGAGAUCGCCACUUAAAAAUGAGAUUUUUUUAACGCUCCGAAAUGCAAAUAUUAAUGCUUGUUUAGCGGGUUAAACAGAGACAGAUUAAAUGGAGUUAGAGAUGCAAAGCCACACAGCAGUGGGGCUGUUCAAAAUAAGGAUUGUGUGUACUAUCUUGCUUGUUCAAAAUUCUGAGCGGAUCUUAGCAUUAGCAGUGGACAUAGUGAGAAUGGACAACUAGAGGAACUGUGACUUCUGC